CGUUUCGGACAACAAUAUCGUCCUUCAUCAGAAGAGAUUGUACAUGUAUAAAAUAGAAAAUUUUUUACAUAUAUAUAUAUAAUCGAGUUCAUAUAUUUCUUUUCUUUUUAGUCUAAUAGUGGUACGGACGAUUAAACAUUCACCUUUAUCGUGCCAGGCUAUUACCGUCUUGUCCGUACCACUAUUAGACUAAAAAGAAAAGAAAUAUAUGAACUCGAUUAUAUAUAUAUAUGUAAAAAAUUUUCUAUUUUAUACAUGUACAAUCUCUUCUGAUGAAGGACGAUAUUGUUGUCCGAAACGUUAAGUUAUUAUUAAAUAAAUCUUAAAUUAGAAAGUGAACAAUUUACUCAAACAUGUCAAUAACCUUCCUUAAUCGAAAACAAGUUUACUUGUUUGAUAUCAUAAAACUUGUUGUUAUUUGAUUGCAUUCAGAUAUGAAAAAGAAUUGAAUUCAACUCAUUGGAACAGUAUACGUCAAGGUGUGAUAUUUGGGAUUUAUACUGGAUUGACAUCUCUGAUAAUCUACCUAGUUUAUGCAGUUGGUUUUAUCUUUGGUUCUCUUCUUGUGUCAGACAAAACUCAUAAUAGUUUGAAUAUUAGUGAUCUUCUUGUCGUGAGUAGUUCACAUAAUCACUUAACGAAAUGAAUAUACGACUAUUAUCUUAAUGCAGGUCGUCUCUAUCUUUACCCAAUCUUUGUUUUACUUCUGUUUUAUUGGUUCUUACUUUCAAUCAUUGUCAGAAGCUCGUGGUGCAGCAUCAUCGGUAUUUCAACUUAUUGAGGAAGAAAAUGAUGCAAGUGUCAAUGAAACAGAUGUAUGGAAAGACGAUACAAAAUCGAUUUAUAAUAUCAAUGGUGAUAUUGAAUUUGACAAUAUCAACUUUAUGUAUCCAUCUCGAAAAGAUACACCAGUUCUGCGAAAUCUCUCUCUUAUUGCUCGCGCUGGUCAGACAACAGCACUAGUAGGUUCAAGUGGUAGUGGAAAAAGUACGUGUAUAUCACUGUUUCUUCGCUACUAUGAACCUUCUGCUGGUCGAAUAACGAUCGAUGGUCGACCGAUAACUGACUACAAUGUCCAACAACUUCGACAAAGCAUUGGAGUUGUUAGUCAAGAAUCCAUUCUAUUUGGUAUGAGCAUUUAUGAAAAUAUUCGUUUUGGUAAAGUAAAUGCAACACGAGCAGAAAUUGAACAAGCAGCACGAGAAGCAAAUGCACAUCAUUUCAUCAUGGAAUUACCAAAUAAAUAUGAAACACUUGUUGGUGAACGUGGGAUGCAGUUGAGUGGUGGUGAAAAACAACGUAUUGCAUUAGCUCGUGCUCUUGUCAAGCAACCUGCAUUUCUUUUACUGGAUGAAGCAACAAGUGCACUUGAUAAUAUUAGUGAAAAAAUUGUUCAAGAAGCGCUCGAUCGAGCACGCAAAUGUCGUACAACUAUUGUUAUUGCUCAUCGAUUGAAUACAAUUCGAAAUGCUCAUCAAAUAUAUGUAUUAGAUAAUGGAUGCGUGAUUGAGCAAGGUAACCAUGAAACAUUGAUAACAAAAGACGGUGGCAAAUAUCAAGCAAUGGUCAAACGUCAACAAAUGGAAAGAAUCGAUGAUGGUGACGAUGAUAUGAUGAGCAUACAAAAAGCAACAGAAGAGGAAGAAAAGUCGAUAUUUGAAUACUCUCGUUCACAUAGCGAUAGUCGAAUUAUUGAUGUGAACAAAUAUACAGCUUUUGCCAUAGCAGGAUCGAAAUUGACACAACGCAUUCGUUCGAAAGCUUUUGCGUGUCUUCUUCGUCAAGAAGUUGCUUAUUACGAGCGACCUGAAAAUAGUUCUGGUACAAUUUGUGCUCGUCUUUCUUCUGAUGCAUUAGCCGUUCAAGAAAUGGCUAGUACACGAUUAGGAGCCAUCUGUGAAGCUUUCGCAUUGUCAUUUUUUGGAAUUCUAUUUGGAUGUACAUCCGGAUGUGGCAAAUCAACAAUUAUUCAACUGUUAGAACGAUUCUAUGAUGUUACAAGUGGUCAACUACUUCUUGAUGGAAUUGAUAUUCGUCAACUAAACUUGCAAUGGGUUCGUGCUCAUUUUGGCCUUGUUAGUCAAGAACCAAUUUUGUUCGAUUUAACAAUUGCCGAAAAUAUAGCAUAUGGCUUAGAAAAUGUUCCAAUGGAAGAUAUUAUCAAUGCCGCGAGUAGAGCCAAUAUUCAUCAAUUUAUUGACCAAUUGCCUCAGGGUUAUGAAACAAAAGUAGGGUUGAAAGGUAGUUUUCUGUCAGGCGGUGAAAAGCAACGUAUUGCUAUUGCUCGAGUCCUUGUUCGUCGACCUAAAAUAUUGCUCUUAGAUGAAGCUACAAGUGCCAUGGAUUCAUACAAUGAACAAGUAAGUUUACUUGUUUUUUUUCUAUUUAUUAAGGAGGCCCCCC